AUGGAACAUGCUUUACUUCUCUAUAAAGAAUAUGAUGAAUCCCAUAAAUCCUCUACUCAAGCCUUGGAUAUUAUCUAUAAGUGGCAUCCUCCUUUAGCUGCAGCUUUAAAAUUAAACACUGAUGGGGCUAUUUUUGCAGAUUUAGCUUCUUUAGGCAUUAGUGUGAUCUUAAGAGAUUACCAAGGCAAAGUACUAUUGUCAGCAAGUGGUAGAGAGAGUGUUGUACAAGAUCCUAUUGAAAUUGAAUUACUUACUAUUUUGAGGGGUCUGCAGCUAUGCAUUCCAAUGGGUAUACCAGAAUUAAUUGUGGAAUCUGAUUCUCUUCUAAGUGUUCAAGCAAUACAAAGCAUGGAGGAUCCUAAGUCAAUGCAGGGCAAUGUGAUAUGUGCUAUUAAGGAUCUAAUGAAGUCCCUUCCUAAGGUCUUAAUGCAACAUGCUAAUCGAUUAUCAAAUAGAGUUGCUGAUGGUUUGGCUAAGUAUGCCCAGUUUCAAGAUACUUUAGUAGUUUGGGGGGAUCAAAUUCCUGAUCCUAGUGCUCUAAUUGUUGAGUCUAAAAUGGUGUAUUUUGUUUUCUGUUAG